AAAUGUUCUCUCACAAACUUCCAAGAGUAAACUUUGCAUAUCUACAACUGCUUUUGUUUUCUUUACAUCACUGUUACUCGAUAACAUUCUCAUUAUGAUGCAUCACAGUCGAAAGUACUCCCCACCGCGCUACUGCGUCGUCGUAACACCAAUAGAGGUGCCUCAGCUGAACCGAUUACCCACCUCACGGACGGAAGAAGGUGACCUGAUGGAAAGAGCGGAGAAGAAUUCACCCAGAGCCAAAUCUAGAAUGCGCAACGCGAAGCUGAAAGCGGUGAGGGGUCCUCCGUCUCCCCAGGGGUCCCGCGUGCCUGAAAACAAUGCGCAAAACGACGCGCUACCGCAGGCGGUGGAGAACGGUGGACCCCGAGCUAGAAAAAGGGGCUAUAAACCCCCGGAUGUGAGGACGAUAUUCGAACCCUCUGCCAAGGAUCCACGCGUGAAAGAGGAAAGAGGAGAGGGACACACGUUUUGUGAGGACGCGGCGCACUCAUGGUGCGAUGUGUGUUUCUUAUAUAUCUUCCAAGGUGGUCUGACAUGCACAGGUUGUAAAUACACGUGUCAUGCCCAGUGCCGUGACCAGGUGGCGCUAGACUGUCAUCAGAAUGGAUCUUCCAAUGGCUGCCUACUCAGUCCUCUUGCUCAGGACCACCUUAACAACAACCAGUCAUCACACAGCGAUGUGGAGAAAGAGAGAGAACUGCGCACUCAUCUCACACACGAGGAGAUCAGACAGAAGGUGGAGCAGUACAACGCCGCUUCACGGGACCACUUUAAAAUGACUCUGAAUUCUAACGGGUUGUACACCGGCUUCAUCAAGGUGCAGUUGGACCUGCGGAGGCCCAUCACAGUGAAAGCGGGCGGGGCAUGUGGGGUCAAAGGUCAGGAGGCAUUUUUCCUUCCGCGUGGCUCCAUAAACACCCUGCACAUCAGCAGCAACAACACGGUGCGACAGGUCAUCCAAGCCCUGCUCAACAAAUUCACUGUGGCCGACAACCCCGCCAAGUUCGCCUUGUUCAAACUCUUCAUCCGAGAAGACCAAGUAUACACCUGUAAGCUGUCAGAGGAUGAACACCCUCUCUUCCUGCGUUUAGUGGCGGGACCCAGCAAAGAUACACUCAGCUUUGUCCUGAAGGAAAAGCAAACCGGUGAAGUCAUGUGGGACGCCUUCUCUAUUCCUGAGCUGCACAACUUUCUCCGCAUCCUGGAUAAAGAGGAACAGGACCAGAUCUGUGUGAUAACCAGACGCUACAGCAGUUACAAAGAGAAACUAGAGGAGGCCAUGAGAGCUGUGGGCGGCCCGGGCUAAUGCUAAUGUCUAGACAAGAGAAUUAGCCCCUAGUGGUCACUGUGUGUUAUGAACACUGUUAGGUGCCAAGCAGAUACCCGCUUGCAAAAACUCCAAAAGAGGAGAACACUGGACUCUUUCACCUCUCUGAAUGCAUCACGAGUGCCAUAUUUGCCCUCCUACUCUCUCUUGCUCUUCACAGUUUCAACCGCUGCGGUUAUUUGUAUUUUAUUUUUUUCUGAACUUUUACCUCUUGAUCUUGUGAACGAUGCAAAUGUGAAAACCAGAUCAUAUCUGGUUUUUAUUUCAUUGUUAGAUGCUGUGGUUUGUAUAUAUUUUUGUUUGUUGUUUUUAAUUUAUGUGGGUGAAGAUUUUUUUUUGUUUGUUUUUUUAUUAUGAGAGAGUCUUAUUUUAUUUCAGAUAUGUGUAUUGACCAGAAACUGAUGGGGAUUGUUUUGUUUUAUAUAUAUAUAUAUAUAUAUAUAUAUAUAUAUAUAUAUAUAUAUAUAUAUAUAUGACUCAGUGUGCCCUACCAAAGAUAGUGUUGGUGUUUGAUGUGCUGUUGACAAGAUUGACAAAUGUAGCAUGUUAGGAAGAUGACUUAAACUGCAAAUCACAUGCCACGUGUGACCAAACAAAAGAGAGAAAAGAUUUCGUAUUGACAGGAAGUGUAUGGUUGUGAUUAGAGAACAGUAAAUUGUCACGUUGUAGAGCGAGAAAGUGAAGACAAAGGCAAGAAGAGAGGCAUUUAACAUGUUAUAGUGAUUAGUUGCUGAAGGAAUGGCACAAAAUGAAACUUAAAAACAACCUUUCUUGGGUUAUGUGGUGGAAUUGGAACAGAACAGAUAUCGGGAAGUUAGCAAAUGUGUGUAGAGGAUGUUGGAAACCAUGCGAAGGGAGCUGUCCCACACUGGUCUUGGAGCAAAUGGAGUUUGCUUCCUGACCUCUGCUCUUCUGAAGAUGUGACUGAUGUUGUUUAGGGUCUUUUUUGUGUUGGUUUGUGUUCAUAAGGUUGUGAUGUUAAACGGCCAUGGGUUUGAAAACACAAUCACAGUGAACAAAGCAUGCGUUUUUCCGUCAUGCUUUUAAACCGGGGUGCCACUGCUUAUCAACCUUGAAAAAUGCAUUAAAGAGGAAGAUUACAAAUGAUGGAAUGUCAAAGCGUUUUCAAAACUGCUUCAUUUGAUGGUAAAACCGGAUUAAAGUAGAUUUGAGCUGUGCAAUGCUAUUAGAUGGUAAAAACGUAUUUACAUUGUGGUAUAAUCUUUUGUUUCCAUCUGUGAUUCAUGCAUAUACACAUAUUGUGAUGAUUUACCACAGAGUUACUGUAUUAGGAGUAUUCAAAUUUCUCUGUUCUGCCAAAAGAGCUUUAUUUUAGGGGUAUUUCUGCAUGGCAUUGAGUGGCACCGUACUAUGUUAUUGUGAUCACUCUCACAAUGUGGCUGAAACUUUACUGUUAUUAUGUACAGAAUGCAGCCAAUAGUCAAGGCUACUUUGUCACAGCACACAGGGUCAACAAUGGAACAGUUUUAAAUGAUACUUGUGUAUCUUAUUUAAUAUAAAGACACAUUUAUAUUUUAAUUUCUUUAAGCCAGUGCUGCAUGACAGUUUUCUGAUGGGUACUGCACCAUAAUUUUGUGUCUUUGCAAUGGCCACUGUGCCACAUGCAUAGCGAGCUAGUGGCACCUUGUGGUCAACUGCUGUAAUUACCAAUCUCUGCAGUCUUAUGGCUCGCCUGUCAGUCAAUUAUCUUAAAGACACAGUUUUUAUUUUUAUUUUGUUAUUAUUAUGAUUGGUUCUAUAGCCUUUAACCAAAUAUUUAGUUGAAAUCUAAAGUUUAGUUUAAGUUUGAAACAAAUUGCCUGGUGCAAUCAAUUUGUACACCUUAUUAAAGUGAGGUUAAUUUACAGUAUAUCUAUAUUGUCAAAUGGUGUUACCAUGGCAACUUUAAUUGUAAACACUGGUGAAUAUAAAUCAGAAUAACUAGUGUAAUUUUUAUGUGAAUACAUCACAAUAGUCUCAAAAUAUGCAAUCAAAAUAAAGGGUUGUCAGGGGGAAAACGGUAAUCGUAUGAAUGCUUUAAGGGCACUUUAUGUUUUAAUUCAGGGAUUUGUUUUAUUUUUAUUUUAUUAGUCAUCAGAUGCCUAUGGUCUUCCACUGUUUUAAAACUACAUUGCGUCAAGUGGAAACUCGGUUAUGUGUUUUUUUUUGUUUUGUUUGUUUUUUGUUUUUAAUUCAAGCUGUUUAUGUACUUGAUUUUAUAGUUCAUAAAGUUCAACAAGCUUCUGUUUGUAGAGUAAGACUGUGAAUGAAUGUUUUGAAACUGUAAUGCUUAUAUUCAUGCGUUGUAAAGGUGUGUGGAUGUGAGCAUAUUGAAUAUACAUGCAUGUGUUAAUUCAUGUUAUAUUAAUUCAUGGCUGUUUUAGGACAUCACUGGGCCAGUGCUGUUGAGAUUUCUGUUUAACAGCAUAUUUAGCGAUUGCUCACAAAACCCAUACUCUAUAUAUGCCAAAACAUGAAUUAUCUCAUUUUGUUCCACAGUUGCAGGUUAUGUCCAUAUGACAUGAACUGGUUUUGUGACGGUAUGUUUUAUCUGCAGAGAUGAAAAGGGGGGCAUAUACAUAUCUCUCUCUACCAACCAGCCACUUACAGCAGUCCCAUUCUAAAAGUAUUUUGGUAUUGGAACUGUAAGCAGAGGUGGCAUAUGGGGAUGAACAUUGUCUAUGAGAUCGGUUCAGAAGAUACAGUGCCUCACUGAUUGUAGAUUGGUAGAAUCCAAAUACAUCCAGAUGUCAUGCAUUUUUGACAGUGAUGGAGGUUUUCUGUGGGUAACUUAAUUUGUAUUGUUACCGAUCGUGGCCUUUGUUGUUAAAGACCUUGUUUCUUUAAAUAAAGAUUAAAUGUUUCUAAAUUCA